CAACACUUGAUCACAUGAGCAGGUUAUCCGGUCGCUUUCUGUUUUUUUCAAGGCGGAGUGAAAUUAAAGAUAGGGAGGCUAACUUAACGUUACAACCCGCAGUGAUAAGACUGGAGUAUGGCCUGAAGAUUUGACCUAGCAGGACAACCACUGGGACAACACAUCUGUCGAGUGCCUAUAAUAACCGGCAUAAGAGCAACUACACGGAGUCUUUUUUAGACCGGAAGUAAAGCCGAGGUCGUCAUGGGGAGCAAAGUCAGCUCCAAAAUGGCUGCUCCAGCUGCUCGAGUUAUCCAGGCUGUUCGGCCUCACACUCCUCUGAUCAAGUUCCCCAGAAGGCAGGACCAGGCGAGGCCCAAUGCCCAAGAGGUGUUGAAAACGUUAGCAGCUAACUUCUCACCACACAACCCACCGGGUUCCCCUUCAGCUGCAGCGCCGCCUCCGUUAUCAAGACCUAAUGUACCUUUAACUCCAAUCCCUGGCACACCAGACACUCUGGCCUCUAUUCAUUUACUACCUGCGAGGUACCGCAGGAGACCAUUGGCAGUGGAUGAAAUGGAGUACAUCCAGCGUGGUGGACCAGAGUGACAUGAAGCGCCUCAAUCACUGCAACCAAAGUCCAUCUCUGUCUCUCCUCUGUUGGAGAUGACUCUUGUGUCUUUAAUUCUGUCAGCAGAAGAGAACCUGAUGCCACAUGAGACAAGAUAUAGAAUAAACUAUUACAUAAAGCCUGUUUAAAAAUGUACAUAUGUUUAUUUUUUAGAUAUUAAAUUUGUAUUGUAUUUCAAAUUCAUACUAACUUACUAAGGGACUUCAUUGUGUCUCACACAGCAAGCCAUAACAAUAGCUUUAGGUGUUCUUUAUUUACUGCCACUGCAACUAGUCCUUAUGGGUUUCAUGUUUUUGUUGAACUUUGGUUUUAAUAUAUAUCAGCUCAAUUCCAAUUUAUUCUGAUUUGAAUUUUUUACAUAGUUUGCUUGUGCUUCACCUGCAAUUUAUCACCAUACCCAAACCUACGCAUAAGGCUCCGGUACAAUUAGGAAGGUUUCUUUCCUUUCAUGACUUUCACUGCAAUAUGCUGAUCUGUUUGGGGCUUAAAAAAAAAAAAA